AUGUCGUGUCUAGACAGUCUCGCAGAAUGUGAGGUUCUUUUCAUAGACCAGGACUUGGAAAUCAAUAGAGAUGAAAGUGAGCGCGAGAUUAUUGUUGUGGCUACCUAUGGCGCCGAGAUUGUUUUGGUGGAGCCCGGACCCUUGACCGGAAAGAGCCGGAGAACGGAACUAUUCUUAGGCGUGAACCUGAUCUGGACGGCUAACAACCGCAUCAAAGAGUAUCAUCUUGAGCUUCCUCAAUCGACAUAUUUGGAGUUGUGGAAGUGGACAAGAACUCAAGAUGAAUGGAUGAGCCCUGCAGAUGCACCUCAAAUGCCGUGA